AGGACAGAGAUGGACGAGAGGCUAAACCGAAGCGUUGAGUGGUUAAUUCAGUGGAUUUAGAGAGACGCACUGCAAUAUGCGGCCACAGAUAGACAGGCAGCUGCUGAGGUGAAGCAUGAUCAUGGAGGCAGGCAGCGACUCCGCUGCAGCACCGUACAGAGCAGCUUCAGCACCUUCAGGAGACACGGCCGCUCCAGAUCCCCUUCAGAGCCCCCACUCACCGGAGGAGGAGGAGGAUGUGCAGGAGAGGAGGCCGAAAGCUGGAGAAAGAGCCGGGUGGGAGGAUGCCAUCGCUCUUAUGGCGAGGGAUGCCACCGUCCUCCCUGAACUGUCAGCUGACUCGUCUCUUCGCUCAUGCACCAGCACUGCUAGCAUGAAGGUCAAGAACGUGAAAAAACUGUCUCUCUCCAAAAGCCAUUUCCCUCGCCUGGCUGAGUGCGCACACUUCCACUAUGAGAAUGUCGACUUUGGCUCUGUGCAGCUCACGCUGACCGAGGAGCAGAACGAUCCAUUGCUUAGCAGCCUCAACUCAAAGGAGCUGGUGUAUUUUAUCCAGAUCUCUUGUCAGGGAAAGAAAUGGAUUGUAAGACGGUCGUAUGAAGACUUCCGCGUCCUCGACAAGCACCUCCAUCUCUGUAUAUAUGACAGAAGGUUUUCUCAUCUAACAGAGCUGCCCCGAUUUGAGAGCCUUAAAGACACUGCAGGGCCACUUUCCCAGAUGCUUACUGCCUACCUUUCCCGUCUUUCGACCAUCGCUGACAACAAGAUAAACUGCGGCCCUACGUUGACAUGGAUGGAGAUUGAUAAUAAGGGAAACCAUCUGCUGGUCCACGAUGAGUCCUUUAUAAAUGUGCCAGCGGUCGCCGCUGCUCAUGUCAUAAAGCGCUACAUAGCUCAGGCUGCUGACGAGCUCUCAUUUGAGGUUGGAGACAUUGUUUCUGUCAUUGAUAUGCCUCCCAAAGAAGACUCGGGCUGGUGGAGAGGGAAACAUGGUUUUCAGGUGGGAUUUUUCCCCAGUGAGUGUGUGGAAAUAAUCAGUGAGAAAGUUUCACCAAAUGUGACCAGUACAUUAGCAAAACCAGUGUCUGGUAAGCAUGGGAAGCUGAUCACAUUUCUUCGUACUUAUGUGAAGUCGAGGCCCACCAAACAAAAGCUUAAGCAAAGAGGGAUACUGAGGGAAAGGGUGUUCGGCUGUGAUCUCGGGGAACAUCUACUGAACUCAGGCUCUGAUGUCCCUCAGGUCAUUAAGAGCUGCACUGAAUUCAUUGAAAAGCAUGGGAUCGUGGAUGGAAUUUACCGCUUGUCUGGGAUCUCCUCCAACAUCCAGAAACUGCGGCAUGAGUUUGAUUCGGAGCACAUUCCAGACCUCACUAAGGACACCUAUAUCCAGGACAUCCACUCUGUAGGGUCCCUGUGCAAGCUGUACUUCCGAGAGCUUCCCAACCCUCUGCUCACCUACCAGCUCUAUGACAAAUUUUCAGAAGCAGUGUCAGCAGCCACCGAUGACGAAAGACUGGUGAAAAUCCAUGACGUCAUUCAGCAGUUGCCACCUCCACACUACAGAACUCUUGAGUUCCUUAUGAGGCACUUGGCACAUAUGGCAGCCUUCAGUUAUGUCACCAACAUGCAUUCCAAAAACCUGGCAAUCGUCUGGGCUCCCAAUCUCCUAAGGUCUAAGCAAAUCGAAUCCGCCUGCUUCAGUGGCACGUCUGCCUUCAUGGAGGUGCGCAUUCAGUCGGUUGUGGUGGAGUUCAUCCUUAAUCAUGUAGACGUACUCUUUAGCUCCAGACUCAGCACUCUGAUUCGUGAGAGCUCAGGCCACACCACUUUGUCCCGGCCCAAGUCUUUACUGGUGUGCUCACCGUCUACUAAGCUGCUGUCUCUGGAAGAGGCACAGGCCCGCACUCAGGCCCAGCUCUCCUCUCCUGUGUCUCCUGGAAGCAAGUACAUCGAGGUGGGAGAAGGACCGGCUGCCCUACAUGGCAAAUUUCACACCAUUAUUGACCUUCCCCUGGACAGAAAGAAGGCUCAAACCAAGGUAAAGAAAUCUCCUGUGGCAAGCUGGCGUUCAUUCUUCAGUAUGGCAAAAUCUACUACAUCCAAGCGUAAAAUGCGUCAGCACCCCAGUGAGCCUAGUGGAAUAAAAACCAUGGCUCUUCCAGGUGGUAGAGGAGAUAACGGAACUCUACGGUCAGCCAAAAGUGAAGAAUCUCUUUCCUCAAAUCUUGAAGGUGGAUCAGUGGUGUAUCAAUCACGCAGGCCUCGCUCCACCAGCGAUGCCCUUUCCACCUCUUUCAACGAAGACCUGUUGAAACCCAGAGUCCAUAAAGACUCACAGACAAGCUAUAAAGACAGCAGGAAAGCCCAGGCUGUAUCCAUCACGUGUGUACCUGCACUGAUAUCCAGCCCGCAGUCGGCUGAUGCAGAUUUUGGCAUAGCUCAGGGUCUGGACUGUGACCCAGCUUUGUUUCAGGGCAGUGCAUUAGCUAGUGAAGGAAGAAAAAGAAGCACUAACCAAAAGGACAGAGGCACUUCCAGGGAAUCGGGAUCUUCAAACGAGGUCACCGGUCCCACUGGAGCGUCUGAUUUCAUUCCAAAGACCAGAGAAAAUGCAAAUGAAAGGCAUUUAACUUCAGAUAAGUUGAUUACAGCGACUAAAGAGCCAGACUCCUCUGAGACGGCACCUGUGGGUCGCACCCAGAAACCUGAGGUAGAUUCAGAGACAAAAGAUCGGUCUGUUUCUUCCACUGAAGUAAAGCCAUCUGUGGUCAAGGCCAGUACGUCUGCACAGGGCGAAGAUCAGCACCAAAGGCCCUCUUCUCUACUUUCUGAAAGCCUGGAUAAAUCUACUGAUGAGCAGGCCAGAACAGUGAAGCAAACAGAAUCAGGUGCUGUGACAUUUGACUGCACACCAGGCCUCGUGAGGUCCGUGUCUCUCAUAACCUCCCAGCCGGCGGUAAAGAGCGCCGCCCGGAUGCUGGCUCUGGCUCUGGCUGAAUCAGCCCAACAAGCCACAUCGCAGAGAAAGAGAGGUAGUUCCGAACCCCCCACUCCUAUUUCUCCAGUUCAUCUUCAGGACCCGCUUUCUAUGUUGCUGUGGCCCUCACCGCUGUCCUUACAGCCUCAGAACUCGUCCACUAGUAAACAGGUAAAACCUUUGAGCACCAUCUCUACCGGAAGCUACACGGAUGCAGGCAGCCCACAGAGCACCCGUGCCUGCCACGGAAGUGAGAGUGGACUCAGCUGCUCCGAUGGUGGUGGCGGAUCUGCCGAAAGUCCUGAAACCGUUUUACCCUCCCAGGAUGCAUCUGCUGCAAAAGGACUAGAUACUAAGCAGGCUCCCGAGAGCCACAAAUCUGUUAAAGAAAAUGUGCGCCAUGUUGGAGUCGGUACUGAUAACGGAAGUCCAGACGAAAGCUCAGAGGUGGAGCUCAAUCAAUUCCAGUUAAACAGUUCUGCAUUGCAUGGCUCCUCUGAACGUCAGUCAGCCUUGGCUGCUCUGCUCAGCAAGCAAGCUGCCAACGAGUCUAACUUUCGUGUCAUACUAGCAGAAGCUUCCAUGCCAGCGUCAGUCCAUGACGUUCUCCCACAUGCUCCAGUUUCUCCACAGACUGCACAUUACCCAGGCAACCCCAGUGAUAACAUGCCGAGGACUUCGGGAUACAUUUUUCUUUCAAGUUCACUGGGACAGACGUGUCAUUAUCAGCCUGAUUACAUCCAACAGCAGCCCAAGAUUCCUUUUAGGGAUGUAUACAACACCCUGGCACCAAGGACCAUACACCAGUCUAUUAAACACAAAAGUCAACGAAGAGACGACUACUAUUCAAGUUGUUUUUAUAGACACGGUGGCCCGAGAUACCCCCCGAUGGAUGGUGCGUCCGUGUAUCCCACUAUCCGUAGGGUGCGCUCUAUGCAUGCACCACCAGAUGACUCGUUUUUCUUCUCCCCACAAUCAUCCAACCAACACAAUACUUUCCAGCGACCGGUUUCCUCAAAUAUUCACCACGUGCGACCGUACUUUGUGGAUGGCAAAGUUCAGUACAGGUUCAAGCCCUAUUCCGGAGCUCAACAUAACCCGGAUCAAUAUCCAACAAGCGGCCAUGGGUACAGCCACUCCUACAGCCUGCGCAGGAUGCCUUCUCAUCCUGGUAGGGUUAUAAGCGGGGGUGAGAGCCAUCACAACCCCUGCGUCAACCUGCCUUUUAGCAGAGAGGGUAGUUUUGUAAACCAAGGCAUCAAUCCUUUGCCAAGGAUGAAAACUGUUGCUCAGCAUGAGGUAAUGGAUGCUGGUGUACAAGAUCGACUUUUAAAUCAGUCUGUCAGACAGAGGACUGCUGCGAAAAAGAAGCCACAAGAUCCUAGUUUGCCCCUGCCCCAUUUUCAGAAAGCGAGCCAGAGGUGGCAGGAAACAGUGCACACCAGGAACAAAUCAGAUUCAGGCAAAGAUCUGCUCAUUUCCACCGAAGGUGCUGAUGGAAAAUACAGAGUUACAAUGGUGACACAUUACUCACCGGAGCACCCACUAUCCGACCCUGAGAGUUUAACUGCCACUGAGAUGGGCGUGAAGAGGAGUGGGUACAGCACCAAACUCAAGCAGAGUCGUUCCAUGCAGAACUACCCACAGCACAUGCUGGAGUCUCAACCACUGCCGCCUAACCUGACUCUGCAUAAAGAAUACAGCUGCCCCGACUUCAAACACACCGACACCCAGAUUCAAAGCCAGAACCAGCUGAUCAUGAGGAACUGUCCUAAAGAGGACUAUCAGCACGUUUGGGUCAAGGACAGUGAUCUACAAAGAUUAGAGAGGUCACACAGCAUGAAAACCCAUCAACAACCCAGACAUGUCAAAAUGACUGUGGAUCAUGAUCACAGAUUAUCAUAUCCCGCCCAGAUCAGACAGAGGACUCGUAGCAUGUUCGCACCAUCUCGCACCAAUUACAUGGAUUCUUAUGUGCCUGUGCAGCCCAAAGGUCCUGUCAUGUACCCAAACUAUGGCUGUAUGCCCCCUCAUAGAUCCAGACUGUACACCACAGAUAUAGGCACUGGAAGCUUUCUCCGUUCUAAACUUAGGUCUAAGACAGAAGUAUACGCUGAAUGACAGCCACUUGGUUGUGGGUUUUAAUUAUAUUGGGAAUUUUUUAUGUUGGGAGUGUAAGAAAAACUUUUAAGACUUAAAUGUGGUGUGAAAUUUCAAGGGUCAUUUAAUGUCACACUACAUAAAAUGACACUCACAGAGCUUUGAUUCAUUAAAUGAAGUGUAGGUGUAAAGAAAAAUAUCUGGUUGCUUUAUCAAUUAUCACACAUUUAAUAAUCAUAGAUUUUGAUAAAUGUGGCUCAUAUUUAAAAAGAUUUCAUUUUCAAUGACCGCUUUGUCCCUGUCAGGGUGUGUCCGGUUCCUUUGGAAUCACAGGGAGCAAAACAAUUACACACCCAGCACAGGACACCAAUCCAUCAUGUGACCUCAGCCAUCCCACCCCUUCACCCUUUAUUCCCAAUCUAGUUGUUUACAGUUCUCAGAUUGUAAUAGCACCGCAGUCUGCCCUGACCAAGGAGUGCUGACCUCAUGGACCACGGAUAACCUCAUGUUUUACACACUUUGGUUACAUUAAUUACAGAACAGGUAGUUACUGGUUACACAGGAUUCAUCAGUUCAGGUUUUACUAUCGAACACAGUCAUGGACAAUUCUGUAUCACUAAAUCACCUCACUUGCACGUCUUUGUACUGUGGGAGGAAACCGGAGCUCCCGGAGGAAAUCCACACAGAAAGGACCUGGACCGCUCCACCUGAGAAUAGAACACAGGACCUUUUUGCUGUGAGGCGAAAGUGCUGCUUAUACCCUGAUGCUUUCCAUAUAACUAAAAUAUAUCAGUGCUGCUUGCAACAUCUUUAAUUAAAAACAAUUAGCAUUUUCCUUCAAGCAUUUUCAGGGAGUUCAAGUUCCAAACCAAAAUUUGCUAGGCCAUGCAAAAAGGCCAUCUUCUUAUUGUUGCUGUCUUGUUUCUUGUAGUGUUGAUGGUUUUCGCCCAGUGUUUUCACGUGGUAAACAGGCCAGCCGCAACCCUGACCAGGAUGGAUCUGGUUGAUAAAACUGGUUGACAUUAAAUAUAAAAUGAUUUUAUACACCUAUUCGUUAGCAAUGGGUAUAGAGAGGCUUUAGCAUACAUGUGACUAAGACCAAAAUCACUUAAAUCCCCUACAUACAGGGUUUUUAUGCUGUAAUACUUUACCAGUUUGUCAUUUGUUUUUUUAUUGUGUGCAAAUUAUUUUGGCAAGCAGAUGGUCCAACUGUGACUCAAAACUGCAAACCAUCACAUCAAUCUGCAAACUUUUCAUUCCAGUUCAUUACGUUCACUCAGUGAGACACUGAUGUCUCAUUUAUGUCUAUUACAGUGUAAAAAAUGUCAAUUAAAAUAAAUUAUACACAAACACAAUUGAGACAGAAGUUGGUAAUGGCUUUAAAAUAUUAUGUUAAAAUAUUAAAUGUUUUUUUGCACUGAGCACUUUAUUAGGUACACUUAUUUAAUACGUUCAUUUAUUGAUUAUUUUAUAAGCUGCUCCUUAUUAAAUUGUAAAACCAAAGUGUAAAAACAUGACCUUAAAAUCCUAAUAAUGAAAUAAACAAACAGAUAGAUGUACCUAAUAAAGUGCCGUGAGUGAAUGUAGUCCAUGGAUAAGGAAGCACUUUAUCGUCCGGUCUCUGUUAUGUAAUAACUAGACAUUUAAAUAAUAAAGAAAAAAUUAUUUAAAAAUUUAUUAUUUCCCCAAUUUAGAAUUUUAUUAAAGAACUAAUAUUAAAAGAACUGAGCUAGGGAUUGACCCUGAAAAAAACAGGGUCAGGUGGCUGAAUUGACCAUUAAAUGGUUACAAAUAGAACUCUAUUGUACAUUUAUAUAUUCAUUUCGAUCAAAGGAGUUGUCUCAUUAUUCACAGUGCAGUUGUGCAUUAUUCAUGUUUGCUUAUGUUGUUGAAUCCUUUUUUUUUACAUUGUACUUAAAGUCUUAUUAAAGUUGUCUAUUUAAAACAA